AUGGCUCCAGGAGGCCCCAAAGGCCGCGCUGGCAAGGGCAAGGCCGCCGCUGAGAAGGAGAAGCCCAAAGCCAACAAGGCCGAACUGAAGACGUUGAAGAGGAAACGAGACUUGGAGAACCUCGAGACACUCCAAAAUAGGAUUGACGAACUUGACCCCAAAUCCGCCGACAUCAAGAACUUCACCGAUCUUCCCCUUUGCGAACCGACCGCCUCCGGACUGCGCGCAUCCCAUUUCGAGAUCAUGACCGAUGUCCAAAAAGCCGCCAUUCCCCUUGCGCUGAAGGGACAAGACAUUCUCGGCGCUGCUAGAACGGGUAGCGGCAAGACCCUCGCCUUCCUUGUUCCAGUUCUCGAGAAGCUUUACCGUGCACGAUGGACCGAGCUCGAUGGCCUCGGUGCUCUUAUCAUCAGCCCGACCCGUGAAUUGGCCGUCCAAAUAUUUGAAGUGUUGAGGAAAAUUGGUCGCAACCACAGCUUUUCGGCAGGCUUGGUCAUUGGAGGAAAGAGCUUGAAGGAAGAGGCGGAACGUCUUAGUCGCAUGAAUAUCCUCGUUUGCACACCCGGUCGUAUGCUGCAACAUCUCGACCAAACGGCCGGUUUUGAUGUCGACAACCUCCAGAUCCUCGUUCUCGAUGAGGCCGAUCGCAUCAUGGAUAUGGGUUUCCAGCAGGCCGUUGACGCUCUCGUUGAGCAUCUUCCCAAGAGCAGACAAACCCUCCUGUUCAGCGCAACACAAAGUAAGCGUGUCUCGGAUCUCGCCCGGUUGAGUUUGAAGGACCCCGAAUACGUCUCCGUCCACGAAGCCGCGGCAUCGGCGACUCCCGUCAACCUCCAGCAGCAUUACAUCGUCACACCUCUCCCCGAGAAGCUCGACACACUAUGGGGCUUCCUACGAACGAACCUCAAGAGCAAGAUCAUUGUUUUCCUGUCCUCCGGCAAGCAGGUGAGAUUCGUAUACGAAAGUUUCAAGAGGAUGCAGCCCGGUAUUCCACUACUACAUCUGCACGGUCGCCAAAAACAAAUAGCACGUCUCGAGAUCACGAACCGGUUUACGUCCGCGAAAUACUCCUGCCUCUUCGCCACCGACGUCGUCGCCAGAGGUGUUGAUUUCCCCGCCGUCGACUGGGUCAUCCAGGCCGAUUGCCCCGAAGAUGCCGACACCUACAUCCACCGCGUCGGCAGAACGGCGCGUUACGAGAGCAAGGGUCGCGCCGUCUUGUUCCUCGACCCCAGCGAAGAGGAGGGUUUCAUCAAGCGUCUCGAGCAGAAGAAGGUGCACGUCGCGAAGGUGCACGUCAAGGAGAACAAGAAGAAGAGCAUCAAGCACGAGCUGCAAUCGCAGAAUUUCCAGUCCCCCGAUCUCAAAUACCUCGGUCAAAAGGCGUUCGUCUCGUAUGUCCGCUCGAUUUACCUCCAAAAGGACAAGGAGGUGUUCAAGUUCGAUAAGCUCGACCUCGACGGUUUCGCUUCCAGCUUGGGUCUCCCGGGUACUCCCCAGAUCAGGUACCAGAAGGGCGAGGACAUCAAGAAGCUCAAGAACGCCUCGCGCGCCGCCAUGUCCAGCGGUUCCGACACCGAGGGCUCGGACGGCGAGAUCCGCAAGAAGAAGAAGGAGGUCAGGACAAAGUACGACAAGAUGGCCGAGCGUCAAAACCAGGACGUGCUGUCGUCGCAUUACCGCAAGCUGCUCGGCGAAGAUCAAACCGAAGACAACGAAGAAGACGACUUCCUGUCUGUCAAGCGCGUGCUGGACGACGACGCCGCGCUCGACGACGCCGCCGGCAACGCCAUAUCCGGUACCAACGCCGAUGGCACGGCCAAGGUGGUCAAGCUGGGCAAGAACGCGGAGCUGGUCAUCGACUCGCACCGCCGCGAGAAGCUGCUCAAGUCCAAGAAGAAGCUGCUCAAGUACAUGGAGAAGGGCCAGAAGCUCGUGUUCGACGACGAAGGCAACGCCCACCCCAUCUACCAGCUGCAGGACGAGGAGGACUUCCAGAAUGAGGGCGACGCCAAGGAGCUCAGGCAGAAGUUCGUCGAGGCCGAGACCAGCAAGGUCAAGGAGCAGGAUGUCGAAGAUAAGCUGCUCGCCAAGCAGCGGAGGAAGGAGAAGAGGGAGCGCGCCAAGGCGCGCGAGAGGGGCGAGGAGGUCAGUAACCCCAAGGGUCCCCUGCAGCCGGCGCUCCUGGAUACGCACAGCGAUGUGGAUGAGGAUCCUUUGGCUUUGCUCAGGAGUUUGCCUGUUGCUGGCCAGGGCGGAAACGACAGUGAUAGCGACGAAGGUAACAGGGAACCGCCUAAGAAGAAGGCGAAGAAGUGGUUCCAGAAGGAUGACUCGGAUACAGAGUACAGCGAUGAUGGCAGGCCGAGGAGGAAGAAGGCCAAGAUGGAGGGCGGCAGGAAGGUUAUUGAGAUGGAUCAUGAGCCGGAUAAUUUGCAGGAUUUGGAGGCUUUGGCUGCUGGCUUGUUGGAGGAUUGA